UGCACCGCGUGCGCCGCGGGCACGGCGAACCCCUACACGGGGCGCACGUCCUGCACGUCCUGCGUCGCGGGAAAGUACCAGCCGAGCGCGGGCCAGACGACCUGCGCCGACUGCUGGGAGGGGUCCUACUCGGCCGCGGGCGCGACGACGUGCGCGUCGUGCCCCGCGGGGACCUACGCGUCCGGCGGCGGCGACUCGUCCUGCACUUCUUGCCCCGCGGGCACCUACUCGGCGGCCGGCGCGACGUCCUGCACGUCCUGCGCCGCGGGCACCUACGCCUCGGCAUCCGGUGCUUCCUCGUGCGCCGUCUGCCCCGGGGGCCAGUACCAGGGGUCGACGGGCGCGUCC